AUGGCAUUGAGCUCAGCAAUGAAGAAACGUUUUGAUUCGAAACAAUACAAAGAAGCUCUAAAUCUCUUCGAUCAAAAUUUUGAAAUAUCUACCGAUUCGACUAUUGAUAUGGCAAUAAAAGCGUGUACGAUAUCAAAAGAUUACAAACGUGGUAUUCGUAUUCAACAAAGACUUUCAUCCAAGUCACGAAACAAUUCUUAUAUUCAAGCUGCGUUACUUUGCUUUUAUCUGGAAUCUAAAGAUAUUGAUAAUGCAAUGCAUCUAUUCUCUUCCAUUACAAAUAAGUCCAAUUAUAUGUAUACAGUUAUGUUUAAAGGUCUAAUUACUAAUAAUGUGGCAGAGAAGGUAUUGGAUUUAUUCGAUGAAAUGAAAAUUGACCCUGAUCAGUUUAAUCUCAGUAUCUUGUUUAAUCUCAGUAUCUUGUUUAAUGCAUGUGCUGUACUUAAUAAUAAUCGAGCAAUGAAAAUAGGAAAAAAACUUCUUGAUGAAAUGCCUCAGAAUUAUCGAAGUAAUAAUAUUACAUCAACUUCAGCAAUUAAUAUGUUAAUGAAAUUUGGUGAUGUUGAAAGUGCUGAAAGAAUUUUUCGGUCAAUCAAAGCAAAAGAUAUUAUUACUUACGGAGCUAUGGUGAAAGGUUAUGUUGGAAAUGAAAUGUUCGAAAAAGCAUUGGAUUUAUUUGAGCAAAUUCAUCUCAGCUUGACGAACGUAAUUUAUACUAUUGUUUUUAACUGUUGUGCCAAACUUUGCAAUGAUCGAGCAAUGAAAAUAGGAAAAAAGCUGCUUGCUGAAAUGCCUGAGAAUUAUCGACAUGAUAAUAUCACAUCAAAUUCAGCAAUUGGCAUGUUAAUGAAAUUUGGUGAUGUUGAACGUGCCGAACGAAUUUUUAGAUCAAUCAAAGCGAAAGGUGCUGAUAUUUAUGGUGCUUUAAUGAAUGGUUAUAAUCUGAAUGGUGAAUCAUGGAAAUGUUUUAAGGUUUUUGAAGAAAUGAAUGAAAAAGAUAUUAUUCCUAAUGAGAUUGUAUGGAAUAUACUUAUUGGUGCAUGUUCAAAAAGUGGGAUGCUUCAUCAUUGCCAAUAUAUUAUGAAUCAAAUUCCUUUGAAUAUUCGGAACAAGAUUCGAACACAAAACGCAUUGAUUGAUAUGCGGGGUAAAUGUGGUUCAAUUGAAAAAGCAAUGAACGUAUUUAAUUUAGUUGUUGAUCGUGAUACUAUCACAUACAAUGCCAUGAUCAAUGCAUUUGCUCUGAAUGGAAUGGGUACACAAGCUGUUGAAUUAUAUAGAAAAAUGCCUAAUAAUCUACGUGAUCAUAUUUCACACAUUUGUGUUCUUAAUGCAUGUUCUCAUGCAGGUCUUCUUCAUGAAGCUCGAACUAUCUUUAAUGAAGUUUCUUUGAAAACAGAAUCAAUCAUCACUACCAUGGUUGAUUGCUUAAGUCGUUUAUUUAUGUUUGAUGAAGCACAAAAGUUGAUUGAAGAUUAUGAAAAGACAAAUACACCGAGUAUUGUCAUGUAUAUGUCUUUGUUAUCUGGUGCACGUAAUAGUCGAAAUAGUAAUUUAUCUGAAAAAAUAUAUAAGCGAAUGAAAACUUUAUUUCCUAAUGCAAGAGAAGGUCUUGUAUCCGGUAUAGUUCUUCUUUCAAAUAUAUAUUCGUCAUUAGGCAAAUAUGAAGAAGCUAAACAUUUUCGCUCUAAUCAAAUAGAAGAAUUGGGAGUCAAAGUAAAAGUAGGAUUAUCAUGGACUGAAAUAAAAGGUCAUAUAGUGCAACUUAAAGCUCAUGAUCAUUCUCAUCCACAAUCAACUGAAAGCUAUGCUAAAAUUGAUCGUUUAAAAUCAAAAGCGAUUGAAAAUGGUUUCAUAUUUGAUUCAUCUUGGAUAACUCGUUCAUUAAACGAAAAUGAAACAAUUAAAUCUGUUUUAUGUGGUCAUAGUGAACUAUUGGUAAUCGCUUUGAAUUUGAUUCAAGAGCCUGCUCCAAAAUUUAUUCAAGUUGUUAAAAAUCUUCGUGUUUGUGGUCAUUGUCAUGAAUUUACCAAAGUGAUAGCAAAAAUUGAACAGUGUGAUAUUGUUGUUCGUGAUGCUAAUCGUAUUCAUCACUUUUAUCCAAAUGGUUAA